UUAAUUUUUAUAACUUAAAAGAUUUUUCAUGUUAUUUCAUUCAAGUUUUCGAACAACUUAAGUAUUAAAAGUGUUAAAUAUUUGCAUUUACUAAAUAACUCAUCAACAUAAGAUGUGGUAUUUGAGCUCUACAAGUGAUCCUAGAAUACUUUACAUUUUACCAUAUAAGGAAAUUGUUGUUGGCAGAAGUGUUGAUACUGAAUGUUGUAAUUUCGCCAUACCAGAUGAUUCUUCUAUUAGUAGGAAGCAUGCAUCUUUAUCAGUUUCCGGGAACGACUUGAUUUUGCAAGAUUUAGGCUCUAAGUAUGGAACUUUUAUAAAUAACUUUACAGAAAAGUUAGAAAGUGGAACAAAACAUAAAAUAAACAUUGGAGAUAAUAUUAAAUUUGGCAAGUUAAGUAGUGAAUGGAAAGCACAUUUCAUAAAUUUGACAUCAUGUACUUCAACCUUGAAAGGGGAAUGUGUUAAAAAAUUAAAAGAGAAUCUUAUCAAGUUGGGAGGUACAUUAAAGAAUGAGUGGGAUGGUUCUUGUGGAUAUUUGACGAUGCCUGCUAUUACCCUAACCAUAAAAGUGGUUCUUGCAUUAGUACAAGGAUCACACAUUGUCACUAUUGAAUUUUGGAAUAAAUGUGUGGAAGCAACUGCUAAGUUUAGUACAUUACCUGAUCCAAAAAACUAUAUGCCACAAAUUAUUGAGUCCACACUUAAUAAAGAAACAGUUUCGUUUUUCCCUGAUGAGAAGAGGAAAACAUUGUUUGCUGGUAAAACAUUUAUUUUCUUCUCAAGGAGACAACUUGAUAUGUAUAAAAAUGUUCUUAUGAAUAGUUCUGCAUCUGCACUGUUACUAAGUGAAACAAAAUUAACCAAGUCAAUGCUCUGUGAAGAAAACAAAAUUGUAAUACAAUAUAACCUUAUAUCAACAAGUCAAGAAUCACAAGUUCAGCGUAAUCAAAUUAAUGAUCUCGUAAACUAUUUAAAAAGUAAAGGUAAAAGGGUUGUAGCAGAUGCAGAGAUAGGUUUGGCAAUUUUGUAUUGUUCAUCAAGUAAAUACUGCAAUCCAGACUUUGAUUUUCCAACUGAAGUAAUUAAGAAGACUUCCAGUUAUAGUGUUAAACCUGCAAAUAUCUUAGCUCAUGAAUCAGAAAACCCUCUACCUUCUGAUUGCAAACAAGAAAAAGUAGUAAUAGAUGAAAGUUUAAAUUCCAAAAUAGAUGUUUCCACAAGUAAUGAUGAUUUUUGUGUUUCCAAAAGAAAGAGAGUUGAAGAGAAUAUGGAAAUGGCAAAUCCUAACAAGAAAGUGGCCAUUGAUAAAGAGACAAAACAUAGUGAAAUAUCCAAUUCAACAAAGAGAACACUUGAAGAUAGUGAAUUUACUGAUUCAAAUCCAGCAAAGAAAAAAGCUUUAGAACCUAUUAAUGAAGACAAUGACUUUUUUAAUUUCACUGCGUCAACAUCAACUAGAAGUGAAUCUAGUGAAAGUAAAAAAUUAAAUUUAAUGAAGCCAUUGAAGAGGAAACAAGAUUUUGUGGAUGAUGAAGAUGACAAUUUAUUUAACUUUGUUGAAGACAAUCCUAAACCUACAAAAAUCUUGAGAGAUACACUGGAAACUGAAAACAAUAUUUUAAAGGAAGAAAAUAAUAAGAACACCGUUUGUGAAAAAUUUGAAAUAUCUGCUUUAAGAGGUAUUAAACUAGACGAGUUAAUGCAGAGCAAUUUGAAAAUGGAAUAUAAAGCAAAGGUAAAGUCUGAAGAUGAUACUAGUUUAGAUGAAAAGCUUAACAAUCUUGAUUUAGGAUCAACUACAAUAGUUUUGAGAUCGGACUUAAUUGUCAAGAAAGAACCAGUACAGUUGAAUUCUGAUGAGAUCAAAGUUAAAAAUUUCAAGAAGUUUAAAAAGGUAUGGCCAAUCAAGAUGCAAAUUAGUAUUAUAUCAAAAUCAUCUGCACUUCCUAAUGAUGGAUCUGAUAAAAAUUACUUAUUAAGCAAUACUGCUUUGUAA